CACGUGACCGUUCAAAAAAGUCACAUGACUGCCGUGGCCAAAACUCCUGUUUGAUCGCCGAAACUGGUAUGGCAGAUUGGACAAGGCUAAGGUGACAGUCGAGUGUACAUAUUUUAAGUAACCUGCAGGACAUGUCAGAGUUUCUCUCAGGAUCAUUUAAGAAAAAUGGCGUUGUCUUUGCCAUCAUCUGUACUUUUGGCCCUUGUUUUCCUCAAAGCAGAAUUGACCCUCUCUACAGAGGGGGGGGGGGGAAACAUGUUCUUCUCCUUCCAGGAAGAAAUGAAUGUGUUGCCAGAAACUUUGGCCACAACUCUGUGGUGUGUGAGUGUAAUUCAACCUACUGUGAUAGUGUUGGGUCAGUCACCUUGCCUCCGCUGGGCCAGUACUCCUCCUACCUGACCAGCAUGGCAGGCAGCAGACUGGAGGCAGGCCAGGGUCAGGUCCAGGUGAAGAGCAGCGGGGCAGGCCUCAGGUUGACUAUUGCUCCCUACCAGAAGUACCAGAAGAUCAGGGGAUUCGGUGGAGCUAUGACAGACGCAGCAGCCAUUAACAUCCUGUCUCUUUCUGCUGGUGCACAGGGCCAGGUGCUUCGACAGUACUUUUCCCCUGAAGGUAUCGGCUACAGCGUGGUGCGUGUGCCCAUGGCCAGCUGUGACUUCUCCACCCGUUUGUACACAUAUGCUGACACACCUGGAGACUACAACCUGGACAAUUUCACACUGGCCCCUGAGGACAUCAACAUGAAGGUCUCUCUCUCUUCUCUAACUCUCAUACAUACACAUGUCCUUCACUCCAUCCCUCUAAUCUCUUCUCCUUCUCAGAUCCCUCUCCUGCAGCGUGCUCAGGCCUUGUCUCCUCGACCCCUGUCUCUGCUGGCCAGUGCCUGGAGCGCCCCCGCCUGGAUGAAAACUAAUGGUGCACUCAUAGGAAAGGGCUCCCUGAAGGGCCAGCCUGGGGGCAAGGAGCAUAAAACCUGGGCUCAGUACUAUAUCAGGUUCCUUGAGGAGUAUGCUAAACAUAACUUGACUUUCUGGGCAUUCACCACAGGGAAUGAGCCCUCUGCAGGACAGAUGACAAACUACAGUUUCCAGGCUCUGGGCUUCACACCUGAGGAGCAGAGGGACUGGGUGGCUCUGGACCUGGGCCCUGCCCUGCACGCUUCAUCACACCCACGCACACACGUCCUCAUACUGGAUGACAACCGCCUGCUGCUGCCUUACUGGGCUAAAGUGGUCCUAAAUGAUGUUCACGCAGGAAGGUACAUUCAUGGUGUGGCAGUUCACUGGUACAUGGACAGCCUUGUCCCAGCGGAGAUAAGCCUGGGAGUCACCCAUCAUCUUUACCCAGAGUAUUACCUGUUUGGCACAGAGGCCUGCUCUGGCUGGAGCCCACUAGACAGAGGGGUGAAGCUGGGUAGCUGGGACAGGGCUGAACAUUACGCACAUGACAUUAUUGAGGACUUAAAUCAUUAUGUGGUGGGUUGGACUGACUGGAACCUGGCGUUGGACCAGAACGGUGGGCCAAACUGGGUUAAAAACUUUGUGGACAGCCCUGUUAUAGUGGAUGCACAUCGUGAUGUCUUCUAUAAGCAGCCAACCUUCUAUAGCAUGGCCCACUUCAGUAAGUUCCUGUGGGAGGGGUCUCAGAGAGUGGGUGUGUCUGCCAGUCGGGAAACAGACCUGGAAUACUCUGCCUUCAUCAGACCAGAUGGCUCAGUAGUGCUCAUCAUACUCAACAGGUCAUCAUCAGUGAUCCCGUUUGAAGUCUGGGAUCCCGCUGUGGGCUACGUCCCCUCCACUGCUCCGGCUCAUUCAUUGCUCACACUUGCUUGGAACACACACUGACCAUUAAUACAAGUUCAAAUACAUUUGUUUCACCUGAACUACGUCACAAAUUGCAAAAUGCCACUAAAGGUAAACCUUUCAUGUUGGAACCUUCUCAUUAACAAAGCAGUUAUUACUUUGAGUACUUUGCCAGUAUCAAGCCUCUCACGCACAUUUCCUAAUUAAAAAGAGUACUGUCUAAACCUGCUCUAUAGGAAAAGCGCAAUGAGAACUUGUGUUACAAAUUGGCACUAUAUAAAUAAAAUUGAACUGGUGCAAGAUUUUCUUUUUUAAUCUGCUGUGCUUUUCUGCAAAUCUUUAAUGAUUUCAGUGGUCACUUAAAUGAACCUCAGCAAACAAGAAUAACCUUGUUUGAUUUUCAUUCAAAAUCCUAAAAUGCUUUUUUUGCACCGAUUCUUAUCAGGAAUGGUACCUGAAAGUAAUGAAUGUAUCAAUUCACCAGAAUGGCCUUUGCUGAAGCGUAACUGGUGCCUUGAUGUCCAGCUAAUAAGAUGCUUGAAGUGUCCUCUUCACCAUGUCACAUCUCUGAAGAAAUCAUAAUGUACAGAAUUUGUAAAUGCCUUCUGUUGCUAUUUAAUCUUUUAAUUCUAAAUAAAGCUCAUUGUUUUAAAAUA